AUGGAGGACUCGCAGCUACCAGACUCGACAGAGGAAAGCUCACGGCCAGCCCUUGGACGCUUUGUUGAUUAUUUCUUUCAGGCUGGACUGGACCACUCUAAAAGUCUAAUAGAUAGACGUCUUCCGGUAAUAUGCGACACCAAUGGGUCACUAAUCGACUUAUCGGUGAUUGAAGUCAAAAGUCCUGCUCAAUUAAUCAAAGAAGCAAACACUGGGAAUACUUCGUGUUGUGAUAAGCCCAAAGAGCCCAAUGGCGUCGAUGGAAAACAAGUCCAUCCAUUAAAGUAUCAUUUUCAGGCAGAAACUAUUCAACGGUACCCCAAGCAAGAUUGGUCUGAUACAGAAAAGUUCCCUGCUUAUGUGCCCAUGUUUUGUUUUCCAAAUGAUUUGACGCUUGUGUAUGACGAAUCUCAGCGGCCUCCUGAUACUUUUCAUAGCUUUAUAAUCACAGAAGAAAAUGGGGCUAAAUGCUAUGGUACAUGUAUCAUUAUAUACGAGAAGCCUUCUGAAGAGAUACGAGUCCAAUUACAGUCUCUUAUAUCUGAAUGGGAGGAAAACAAUUUGGCCGAGAGUGAUAUUGAAUAUGUGCAACACGUAAAAUCUCAACUUGAAUUUCACAAAGAAAAGUUGAGAUUAUUACAAGAGUAUGUUAAUGACAGCGUUGAUUUAAACGAAAGGCGUGAACUAGAAGCAGCCGAAGAAGAAAAAGUAUGCAUAUACGAAGAGCUAUUAACGCCUUUGAAGCAAACCAUUCUUGCAAAUCUCGAACAUGUAUACGUUCCUCGAUGUUUGGGACUGUUAAGUCAUUGGCCAUGGUAUAACAUUCUUAAAGAUUGGCUUUGUGAACUUGUACGCAUGGUUCGAAACGCGGAUAGCUUGCACGGAUAUAUUCCUCUUGAGCGAUGUAUUGUGAAUAUUAUUCAUGAGAUUCCUUUACCACCACCUGGAAAACUAGAGAUUGUAAUCAAUAUUGGUGACCAGCAGUUGCAUUGCUCACGCCCUCCAGUAAAUACCAUCCCGACUUUGAAAAACGCUUUGUUUAAUGUAGCAUACACGAAAUGCUAA